GACGCGGGGCCCGAGGAAGCACAGCGAGUGGCCGUGGAGGCGGGGGUUGGAGAUGGGGCUUCUGCGGCUGUGAGCGUGCGCAGCUUCUCCCCCUCCCGUCCUCGACCAUUUAAGCCCGUCAGUAGUCUCUCUCUCUCUCUCUCUCCAACUUCUACCCAUUCAUCUCCUUGUUUCCUUCCACUCCGUCCGGGCAGCUUCCUCUUACAGGUUGACAGAUUAAGCAUUCGGCUGCAGAUGAGCAUCUUAAACCAGUCCAUCAGUCCAAAUGGACAACCGGCAUUCCCCCUUAAAGGUUCUGCCGCACAAGAUGCCUGUCAAAAUGUUCAAAUGGCCCUGCCAUUGCGUAAGACUUCCACCCUGAAGGCAUACCGAUCGAGCUCCAUGAAGAAAGCUUCCUCUGUUCGUGGUGCGUCUGAUGUUGGAUCUCGGACUGAUCGACACAUUGACAUUCUAGAUGGAUUCACCAGCAGCAUUCGCAACCUGCCUCAUCUACUCCAGCUUGAAAACCAAUCUGAGAAUGCAGAGAGAUGCAAGAUAUCAGUGUGCAGCAUGAAAUUCCAGCCCUUCAAUCCAAGUUUCAUGCAUGCCUUUGUGGAGAAUGAGGAGUUCUGUGAGACAGAAGAUGUUGGCAAAGAGUCUGAUCGAGGCUCCUUCAAGCCAAGUGAUGUUCUUGUCAUCUCUGUUUCAUCUGCUGUGGAGCUGGAUGACCGACAGAUGGAUCUCAUCACUAGGAAGAUGCAGAAGCUGACAGGAUUCAGAAAGUUGAGGCUGGAAAACAUCGUUGAUCCAUCGUUAAUUGCAGGGUUUGUCAUCAGCUACUGCAGCGAUGGGUCUCAUGUUAUCGAUCUAAGCGUGAAAGGUCAGUUGGCUACACUAGCAGCCCGACUCGAGUCGUCAGAUCAGAAGACUGCCACCACUGUGCAAAGCUGGAGUUUCCCAAGCAACACGAGCUAAACUGAUCAUAUACAAACUCAUGAGUCCGGACAAUGAACUCAAGGAAGCAAGAUCUUGAUCUUGUUCUGCUCAACUCUAAAUUUUUGGUUUCAGAGAUGUGGAUACAAGCAGGCUCUUACUACCUCUUUCAUGUAUUGACAGUGAACCUAUUAAUGGAGUUGUUAUAUGCAUCAAGUUUUGACUGUUUCUUGCA